GAAAAAUGAUAGGCUGAGCCCUCCGGAGCGUGACGUCGAAGAAUAGGAAAUAUCCCCGAGGUCGUCAAUAGGUACUUUCCCCGACGGGCAACGUGGUGUGUAUGUUUCAUUGUCUUGGAGCUGAUCAUAGGCGAGACAUGCCUCAUUCCAGUGAGCCGCGCCACGGAUCGUUUCAAGGUGGUGGGGACGUGAGAUCUUGAGCUCAAAACUAGACAAGAAGGGGGGGAAGGAAUGCAAAGAGGAGAUAUUAGAGACAACAGCCGAAGCUGAAUUUGAAGUAUUCAAAACGAAAAUAGGUUAAAUAGGGCACUCGGCCCCUGCAUAUCUUGGACUGGGACAACGCAUAGCGCAUCCACUUAAGGGGAGCAUUAGUUUGCAACAAAGUUUACUACUUCAAAUCCCAAAUCCCAAGCAACGCAACCAGAAAACCAAAAGAGCAGCAGCAAUGCUUCACUCAUCCAUCCUCGCCAUCACGGCUCUCUUCCUCUCCGCGACGACAUCCGCCAUCGCCCUCCCAGCAGCUGAAGCUGACUUGGCGGCUCUCGAACACGACACCGCUGCGGCCGAAGCCCAUCUGUUCAAGCGUGCCUCGCCCGGCCCAACCGACACCACCUUCAUCAAAAACGUCCUGGCGACUGUCAACCCCAUCCGGGCCAAGUACAAGGCUAACCCCCUCGCUUGGGAUGCUACGCUUGCGAGUGCUGCUUUGACUAAGAGUAAUGGUUGCAAGUUGAAUCAUACUGGUCUACCCUACGGCGAAAACGCCUACUGGUGGUGGACCGUCCCCGCCACCAGUACUCCCAACUUCGCUACCACCGUCACCAGAGCGUUUAGUUCCUGGACCUCCCAGACCGAGAUCACGGCGUACCAGAACGGCGACUUGUUAGGAGGGGGGCACUUCACGCAGACGGUGUGGAAGGCGAGUACACGAAUUGGGUGCGCGUUCAGUACCAACAGAUGCGUGCAGAACCCGAAUCAGGAUUGGUGGUUUUAUUGCGAGUUUUGGCCUAGGGGGAAUUUGGUGGGGGCGUACCCGGGGAACGUUACUGUGGUGUAA